AUGGAGGCGCGUGGCUUGCCUCCUUCCCUGAUGGCAACGGCGCGCGACGAGACGGCGCCGGCCGUGUCGCUGCCCGUGUUCCUCUCGGCGUCGCUACCAUCCAGUGCGCAGCUUGAGCUGUUCCAGUACCCGCUGUACGCGCGGGGGCGCCCGCUGCCCGUGCCGGUGACGGCUGCGCAGCGUGGGCAAAGGGUCACGGCGCGGUGGCGGCCGCGGAGCGACCGCGUCGAGAUGGAGCUCCCGCUCGACAUGCGCGAGGCCGUGUACAACCAGGAGCGCGGGGCUGAGCUGGCCGAGAGCUGCGCAUCGAUGGGCCGCAUCGGCGUGCCCGGCGCCGCCGCCGUGAAGCAGGAGCGCGGCACCGAGGCGCCGCUGCGCUUCGACUGCAUCUGCCUCGAGAGCGCGACGGUGCCGCGCGCGACGCAGUACAUGAUCGGCACCGUGCAGAACGGCGAGCUGCACCUGGUGCCGCUGCACGCCGUGCAGCAGAUGCGCCCGUCCAUGCAGCACGUCGACUGCCACACGCAGGCGAGCGAGCAGGGCCGCCGCGCGCCCGCCUCCGACGACGAAAGCGACGCUCAGCGCGAUGGCCGCCGCCACGUUGUGCCGCUCAGUGUGUCGCUGCGCACGGACGGCGCGCCACGCGCCGGCGGCGCUGGCGGCGCGCCGGGCGCUGCGACGCAGCGCGACGCGGACGCCGAGCGCUGGGUCGAGUUGCGCUUUGCCGAUGCCUCGCGCGACGAGCAUGCGCUGGCCGCGCUCCAUGCGCGCAGCCGCGAGCCGCUCGUGUGCACGACGCCCGCGCGCGAGUUCCUCUAG